CCCAAACCAUCGCAGCUCAAAAACAACACGUGCCUCAGUGUCAAAGAACACAGGUGGAAGCAGAGCUGCCACAGGGGCCACACUCCAGGCUCACAGCUUCUACAGAAUAUCACAAUUUAUCUGAAACGCAUUUAGUAAUAAUUAUCUUUUAAGCCUGCAUGGACAUAUAGGAGAAUCAAAAUGCCAGCAGGUUCAGUAACAUUGCAAAGCAUUAAAAAACUGGGCCAGGAAAACCACAGCUAUGAAGUCUCAGAUGAAGAGCCUGCUGGAUCCUACAUGAGUAUGUCAGCUUCUAAAGGGGAUGCAAAAGCUUCAGGAAACACUGAACAGCAGGCCAUAAGGGUUGGCUUCUUCCAGCUGUUCCGUUUUUCCACAAAGCGAGACAUCCUGAUGAUGAUGGUGGGCAGCAUGUGUGCGGUGCUCCAUGGCUCCGCACAGCCCUUGAUGCUGCUGGUAUUUGGCCUUCUCACAGACACUUUCAUUGAGUAUGAUGUGGAGCUGAAUGAACUGAUGGAUGAUAGAAAAGAGUGUGUGAACGGCACCAUCCAAUGGAAGAGGAACUACACAGCUGGACUGAACAUGAGCCAGUCUGCCUGGGGCAUCAUGAACAAUUCAACAUGGGAGAUGCUCACUCCACUGAGGGAGCUGCCGUGUGGGAAUCUAGACAUUGAAUAUGAAAUGACCAAAUUUGCCUUUUACUAUGCUGGCAUCGGAUUUGCUGUGUUUUUGCUUGGUUACCUCCAGAUCUCUCUGUGGGUGAUGGCAGCAGCAAGACAAAUCCAAUUGAUCAGAAAGACGUACUUUGGUAAAGUGAUGAGGAUGGAGAUUGGCUGGUUUGACUGUACAUCUGUGGGGGAGCUCAACACUCGCAUGUCUGACGAUAUCAACAAGAUCAACAAUGCCAUAGCUGACCAAGUGGCUAUUUUCCUGCAGCGUUUUACCACUUUUGUGUGUGGUUUCUGUGUUGGCUUUGUUAAAGGAUGGAAAUUAACACUGGUGAUUGUGGCUGCAAGUCCUCUAAUUGGUAUUGCAACUGGUCUCAUGGCCCUAUUUGUGGCCAAGCUAACGGGCCUAGAGCUGCAGGCCUACGCUAAAGCAGGAGCAGUGGCUGACGAGGUUCUUUCCUCUAUUCGUACAGUGGCAGCCUUCGGCGGGGAGAAAAAAGAAGUGGACAGAUAUGACAAGAACCUGGUGUCAGCGCAGCAGUGGGGCAUCAGGAAGGGCCUCAUCAUGGGCUUCUUCACUGGAUACAUGUGGCUCAUUAUCUUUUUCUGCUAUGGACUGGCCUUUUGGUACGGCUCUGGUCUCGUGGUGGACACACAGGAGUACACACCGGGAACACUGCUGCAGGUGUUUUUCGGUGUCUUGAUAGCUGCAAUGAAUUUGGGCCAGGCCUCACCAUGUCUGCAAGCCUUUGCUGCAGGCCGUGGAGCUGCAACCACCAUCUUUGAAACUAUUGAUAGAGAGCCGGAGAUCGACUGUUUAUCUGAAGCUGGAUAUAAACUGGACAGGGUCAAAGGAGAUAUUGAGUUUCACAAUGUGACCUUCCACUACCCCUCAAGACCUGAAGUAAAGAUCUUGGAUCAGCUGAGUGUUGCAGUGAAGCCAGGAGAGACCACAGCAUUUGUGGGUCCGAGCGGUGCAGGGAAGAGUACUGCUAUUCAGCUCAUCCAGCGCUUCUAUGACCCCAAAGAGGGCAUGGUGACCCUGGAUGGUCACGACAUAAGAGGGCUCAACAUUCAGUGGCUGCGAUCUCUGAUUGGCAUCGUGGAGCAGGAGCCAGUGCUUUUUGCCACCACCAUCGCAGAGAACAUCCGCUAUGGCCGUCCUGGGGUGACCAUGGAAGACAUCAUUACUGCUACCAAAGAGGCUAAUGCAUACAACUUCAUUAUGGACUUGCCUCAGAAAUUUGAUACACUGGUGGGUGAGGGUGGGGGUCAGAUGAGUGGAGGUCAGAAACAGCGCAUAGCAAUAGCCCGAGCGCUAGUCAGAAACCCUCGUAUUCUGCUGCUGGACAUGGCUACAUCUGCACUGGACAAUGAGAGUGAGGCUGUGGUCCAAGAAGCUCUGGAUAAAGUACGUCAGGGUAGGACUACUAUCUCCAUUGCCCACCGCUUGUCCACUAUAAAGAAUGCAGAUGUGAUUGUGGGUUUUGAGCAUGGGCGUGCUGUUGAAAGAGGGAAACACAACGAGCUGCUGGAGAGAAAAGGGGUCUACUUCACCCUGGUCACACUGCAGAGCCAAGGCGACAAGGCUCUAAAUGAGAAAGCCCGAGAAAUGGCCCACACGGAGGAAGAGCUGGAGGGUCGCAACAUCAGCAGAGCAGGCAGCUACCGAGACAGUCUGAGGGCCUCUAUUCGCCAGCGGUCCAGAUCACAGAUGUCCAACCUCAUUCCUGAUUCAGUUUCCUCCACGGGAGAUCUUGGCCCCAGAGCAUACUCGCUUUCCCAGUCAGAGAAAUCAAAGACUGCUGCGGCUGUUGAAGACGAAGAGGAGCCGGUAGAGCCUGCUCCCGUGGCCAGGAUCCUCAAGUAUAACAGACCCGAGUGGCCUUACAUGUUAGUCGGUUCCAUCGGAGCUGCAGUUAAUGGAGGAGUCAACCCUGUGUACUCUUUGCUAUUCAGUCAAAUCCUGGCUACGUUUUCUAUACCAGAUCCUGUGAAGCAGCGCAACGAGAUAGAUGGUAUCUGCCUCUUCUUUGUCAUGGUCGGAGUAAUUUCUUUCUUCACUCAGAUGCUUCAGGGGUAUGCCUUCUCAAAGUCUGGAGAACUGUUGACCCGGAGGCUGCGAAGGCUGGGCUUCCAGGCCAUGCUGGGUCAGGAGGUCGGCUGGUUCGAUGACCACAGGAACAGCCCCGGAGCUCUGACCACAAGGUUGGCCACAGAUGCAUCCCAAGUCCAAGGGGCUACCGGCUCCCAGAUUGGAAUGAUUGUCGACUCUCUGACCAACAUUGGCGUGGCCAUCAUUAUGUCCUUUUACUUCAGCUGGAAGCUCACCAUGGUCAUCCUGGGUUUCCUCCCCUUCAUCGUUCUGUCAGCAGGUUUCCAGGCACAAAUGCUCAUGGGUUUCGCUAAACAAGACAAAGCAGCCAUGGAGACAGCAGGACGGAUUUCUGGCGAAGCCCUGAAUAACAUCCGCACCAUUGCUGGCUUGGGCAAAGAGAAGGUUUUUGUGCAAAUGUAUGAGGCUCAGCUCCACGCUCCAUACGAUGCUGCUAUAAAGAAGGCUAACGUGUACGGGGCCUGCUACGGCUUUGCACAAUGUAUUGUGUUCUUCACAAACUCUGCCUCCUACAGAUUUGGGGGAUACUUGGUACGACAAGAGGGGCUACAUUUCAGCAUGGUUUUCCGGGUGAUCUCAGCCAUUAUUACAGGUGGCCAGGCUUUAGGCAGAGCAUCCUCCUACACACCAGACUAUGCCAAAGCCAAGAUCUCAGCUGCACGUUUCUUCCAGCUGCUCGACCGCGAUCCUCUUAUCAGUGUCUACAGUGACAAGGGAAAGAAAUGGGAUAACUUCCAAGGCAACAUCGAGUUCAUUGACUGCAAGUUCACCUACCCCACCAGGCCUGACAUCCAGGUCUUGAACGGUUUAAAUGUGUCUGUGAAGCCGGGCCAAACCCUAGCCUUUGUGGGCAGCAGCGGCUGUGGCAAAAGCACCAGUGUACAGCUGCUGGAGAGGUUCUACGACCCAGAUGAAGGCCGUGUGCUGAUUGAUGGCCACAACUCUACACAUGUCAACGUGCCCUUCCUGCGUUCUAAGAUCGGCAUCGUGUCCCAGGAGCCUAUCCUGUUUGACUGCAGCAUUGCAGAAAACAUCAAGUACGGAGACAACUCCAGGGAAAUCAGCAUGAAUGAGGUCAUCUCAGCGGCUAAGAAAGCUCAGCUCCACAGCUUUGUCAUGUCCCUACCAGAGAAAUAUGACACAAACGUUGGAGCACAGGGCUCUCAGUUGUCCCGCGGUCAGAAGCAGAGGAUUGCCAUCGCCAGAGCCAUUAUUCGUGACCCCAAGAUCCUGCUGCUGGACGAGGCCACCUCUGCCCUGGACACGGAGAGUGAGAAGACUGUACAAGAUGCCCUGGAUAAAGCCAGAGAGGGCCGCACCUGUAUUGUGAUCGCCCACCGCCUGUCCACCAUUCAGAAUUCAGAGAUUAUCGCUGUCAUGUCCCGAGGCUAUGUUAUCGAAAAGGGGACGCACAACCACCUCAUGGGCCUGAAGGGAGCCUACUACAAGCUAGUUACCACGGGUGCACCAAUUAGCUAACUGCUCAAGGAAGGAAAUAGAGGCCAUUGAGUUAAGGAUGAGAGCAGGAAGCCAAGAUGAACCUCAAGACAUUAUUUAAAAAAUAAAUAAAACGCUCCAGCCUAGAGCGUGUCCAGCCAAUUCACUCUUAAAGUAUUUAUGUGGAGCUUUUUGGUUUGUUUUGUGUUUUGUUGUUCUUUAUAUAACACAUAUAUUAGGGCUGACCAUUCAAAGUUAAGUUAUAUAUGUCCAAAUCAAAUCAUCUGGUGAGUUGUAGUACACGCUGCCAAAAUAUCACAAUCAUCAUUAUAGAGUGAAAAACAAAGGUCUCCGAACUGCAUUUUUUUCUGCAAACAUGGUUUGAAAUGUGCUAAGCUGUAACAAUAUAUUUUAAUAGGUGUAACAUUGCUUUUAAAUGUUUUUUUCAUCUGCGUUUGUGAAAAUUGAGGUUUUGAAGAAAAUUAAUUCGAGAAGAAUUACAGAGUGAACAGAAUUGAAAGGAUGGUGGAGAAUGUUGUGUUAGGGGAUUCUGGGGAGGCUCAGGCUGUGGCGAAGGGAGUGCGGUUGAGCAGUGGUAUAGUUAGUUAAUAGUUUUGUUGAGUUUUUGUGCAUUUGUAUAA